GUUUAGAAAACGAGCUAACAUUACAGAAAGUACAUAUUGUAUAUAAUAGUAUACAUUAAAAUUAAUUAUAAAUUAAGAAUGAUAAAUAAGUACUGCAAUAUUUCUAAUAUUGUAACUAAUUUGAAAUGGAAGAAGUACAAAGUAGCUAACAUCUUCCUGGAAACUGAUCAGUGUGACUCGAAAUUCUAUAUAUAGACUCAAAAUCCCACUCAUAUAUUCACACUACAAAGAAGUGAAAGAAAGAAAAAAAGAAGCUAAAGAUGAAAAGAUUACAAGGCAGUAUACAUGAUGUGUUUAUAAGACUAUCACUGCUAGCAGUACUGAUGUUGAUGUUCUUAGGAGAGAAGAGUUAUGCACAACAAUGUGGGACCCAAGUUGAUUUCAAGUAUAACUGCUCUCAAGGCUAUUGCUGUAGCAAUGCAGGGUGGUGUGGGACCACUGAUCCAUACUGUGCUCCUGGUAAUUGCCAGUCACAGUGUCCAACACCAGCACCGCCACCACCACCUCCGGCACCAACACCACCGAGUCCUAUAACAGAUUAUUUUACUGAAGAUAUGUUCAAUGAAAUGUUUAAAAAUCGUGAUGAUCCUCAAUGUUCACCCGGUUUUUAUACUUACUCUGCUUUCAUAACUGCUGCUAAUACUUUUCCUGAAUUUGGUAAUACUGGUGAUCUUGAAAUUAGAAAGAGGGAACUUGCUGCUUUUUUUGGUCAAACCUCUCAAGAAACUUACGGAGGAUGGCCAGGAGCACCGGGUGGACAAUAUUCAUGGGGAUAUUGCUUCAAAGCAGAAGGCGGAAGUGAUCAUUGUGAAGACUCUCCUCAGUGGCCUUGCUGUCCUGGGAAGUUCUACUACGGCCGUGGACCCAUACAAAUUUCUUACAACUAUAAUUAUGGACCAGCAGGAGAGGCUUUGAAUUUGGACCUUCUUUGCAACCCAGAUCUAGUAGAAACAGACUCGGUUGUUUCAUUCCAAACAGCGAUUUGGUUUUGGAUGACAGCACAAUACAACAAGCCAUCUUGUCAUGAUGUGAUAACAGGCAAAUGGGUACCAACUCCCAAUGAUAUAGCUGCUGGGCGAAUUCCUGGAUAUGGCGUAAUCAUCAACAUAAUUAAUGGAGGUCUUGAAUGCAAUAUUCCUGAACCAGAUAAUCGAGUUACCAAUCGAAUUGAAUUUUAUAAAAGAUAUUGCACGGAAAUCUUUAAUAUUCCUGUUGGUGAGAAUCUUGAUUGUUACCAUCAGUGUAAUUUUAGGGAUUGCCCAUCUGCUCCUACUCUUAAACACCUGGAAGGAACCUUCUCAUCAGCUUAGCAAAGCUUAUGGAUCUAGUAUUAUCAUGUCUAUGAUCGAUCACCAUGGUGCUUUUCAAAUAAAGUGAUCUAUUCUAGUCAGCUGCCUUCACUGUUACAAGAAUAUCAAUAAAAACUACUUGACUCUAAGUCACAGAAAGUAUGAUUGGCUAUUUUUCUACUUAAUCUUUAAACUUUGUCGCUCUUUUUAUUUUAUGGUCACCCUAGGGUAAUAAUUGACGAUAAUGCACCUAGACUUAAAAUUUCUAUAAAACACUCCAAUCACAUUCAUUAACACUUUCAUCACUCUAAAAAUACAAAAUCAAAACUUCAAAUUUGUAGAGCUAAAGUUAAGGAAAACAAAACGUGAACAACAAAACCAUGUAAUUUUUAAUCGAAUUUAUUAUGUAAAUUUUUUUUAAAAAAAAAUACGAAGAACCAGUUCAGUCACACAAAACGUGCAACUUGCAAUUUUUUUCUUUUUUUAAAUUUUAAUAUUUCCGAUUUAUGUUACUCCCUCCGUUCCUAUUUGUUUUUCCACUUUGGGUAUUUCACGGGAAUUAAGAAAAUUAGAAUCUUUGGUGGUAGUGGGUAUUAUUUUAAUAUGUAAUAGUGGGAAGUAAUGAUUGUAUUGGAAUAAUGAGAGAGAAAUUAAUUGUAGAUAUAAAUAAAUAAUCAAAAAAAAAUCUGAUUUUAUUGUAG